UCUGCACAGUUGACUUUCAGGUGGCCGGCAGAGGAAAGGCAGGCGAGGUGGACAGCGAGAUAGCAGAGACAGACAGACAGACAGACGGAACGGGUGACACACGCAUUGUCACUUCACGACAGACCCUGGAGAUAGCCCAUCAUGAGGCCCAGCAUCCUCUUGCUCCUGUGUGUUGUGGGUGAGUUUUCUGAGCCAUGACAUGGUGAGAAGUGGUGGUGACAGCCCUGCGAUUGUGUCCUUCCCUUCUCCCAAAAAAAACCACCUGGUGCUGAGGAAAAUGGGAGAGGUGGACCCUGCUUAGCUGAUCCCUGUGUUGUUGGGUCUGUGGCACCAUCCGGCUCCUUCUUCUUGUUUGUUUUGUUUUGCUUUUCUGAAACUUGUGACACACCCCCUCAGCCUCCAGGGCACUGGGACGACAAGCAUGUGCCGCCCAUCACACACUCAGCUGUUGUCUCUUUUCCUGACGUUCCUGCACCCACCUCCUCCCAUCCACAGUCUUCAUGUCCAACCCCAUUUCUCUGGCCUACACCGGACCUCAGGUCUCAGUCAGGCUGACAGGGAGAAGAUCUUUGAUGGUGCUGAGUGUGUGAAGAACUCACAGCCUUGGCAGGUGGGGCUGUUCCGUGGCAAAUACCUGCGCUGUGGUGGUGUCCUUGUGGACCGCAGGUGGAUCCUCACAGCUGCUCACUGCAGUGGCAAGUACGCAGUGCGCCUUGGGGAGCAUAGCCUCACCAAGCUGGACUGGACAGAACAGUUGAGGUUCACCACCUUCUCCAUGACACACCCCGGCUACCGGGGUGCCCGUCAGAACCACGAGCACGAUCUCCGACUCCUGCGGCUGAGCAGUCCGGUCUACCUGACCCACGCUGUCCGGCCCCUGGCCCUGCCCGCUUCCUGUGCUCCUACGGGGACCAAGUGUCAUAUUUCAGGAUGGGGUAUCACCAACAAGCCUUGGGACCCAUUUCCAGACCGGCUCCAAUGCCUCAACCUCUCCAUCGUCUCCAAUAACACAUGCCAAGCCGUGUUCCCUGGGAGAGUAACCGAGAAUAUGGUGUGUGCUGGUGGUGAAGCCGGGAAGGAUGCCUGCCAGGGUGACUCUGGAGGCCCCCUAGUGUGUGGAGGGGUUCUUCAAGGUCUGGUUUCUUGGGGAUCUGUUGGGCCUUGCGGACAAAAGGGCAUUCCAGGGGUCUAUACGAAGAUCUGCAAAUAUGUGCCCUGGAUCAGAGCAGUCAUCAGGAACAACUAAUUGGCUUCCCCUGCCUCCAUGUGGUUCUGCUUAGGGGCCUCUCUGACCCUCGGAGCACAACGUCUCCUCCCUCACCACUCCAAGCUCCCACCCUUGUUGGUGUAGAGAACCUUCUCAAACUUCGACGGUGGAGAGAGGGCUGGGAAGCCCUGGAAUAAACAUUAUACAAUCAA